CACGCGUGGGCGGAGCUUCCGGUGCGGUGGAGAAAGUGGCGGUGGCAGGCUUUUCCGGUAACGUGCGGCGCCCGUGCCUGGCAGCAGCAUCAUGAAACCCAGGCCCGCGGUUUUCAUAGACAGGAAACUGAAGCAACGGGUCAUUCAGUACCUCACUAGUAAUAGAUGUGGCAAAUAUGUGGACACUGGAAUCUUAGCAUCCGACUUGCAAAGAAUGUACAGUGUAGAUUAUGGUCGAAGAAAAAGAAAUGCUUUUAGGAUUCAGGUAGAAAAGGUAUUUAAUGUAAUUAGUAGUGAGAAAGAACUUAAGAAUCUUAAAGAACUAGAAGAUGGACAUCUGGCAAAAAGAGCAAGACAAGAUGAAGAGGAUGAGUACACUGAAAGCUAUUCUGAUGAUGAUUCAAACAUGGAAGACUACCCAGAUCAGCAGUCAGCAAAUCACAUGAACAGUUCCCUGCUCUCUUUGUAUCGGAAAGGAAACUCUGACUCUGUUUCAACCGCUCCGAAAUUGGAACAGAGCAAAGCCACCACUUCUGCCCCACUGCUGACAUCUAAAACGGACUCCAUGCCACUGAAAACCCCUGCCCAAGGAUCUGAGGGAGGAUGGUUUAUUGACAAAACCCCAGGCGGAAAGAAAGAAAGCCUUCCCUUGGACCUAUCAGAUGACCAAAGCAACUAUAAAAAGCAGGACUCUGAGAUUCAGGAUUCAAAAGACUCUUCUCUUCUGGAAGGUGAUAAGAAAAGGAAAGGUGGGGCAAAGGGCAAAGGAAACAAGAGAAAAACAGAGGAUCUUCAAGAAGUAGAUGGAGAAAUAGAAGCUAUUCUGCAAAAGAAAGCUAAAGCAAGGAGUACAGAGUUGCAGAUUUCCAAUGUGAAGUUUGAAGAUGUUGGAGGCAAUGAUGCAACAUUAAAAGAAGUCUGCAAGAUGCUCAUCCACAUGCGUCAUCCGGAGGUAUACCAGCACCUGGGUGUCGUGCCCCCUCGUGGAGUCCUCCUGCAUGGUCCACCAGGCUGCGGGAAGACCUUACUUGCACAUGCAAUCGCGGGGGAGCUUGACUUGCCGAUUCUGAAAGUGGCUGCCCCGGAGAUCGUGUCAGGAGUUUCUGGAGAGUCUGAGCAGAAGCUCAGAGAUUUGUUUGACCAGGCUGUGUCAAAUGCACCAUGUAUUGUUUUCAUUGAUGAAAUUGAUGCAAUUACCCCCAAAAGAGAAGUUGCUUCAAAAGAUAUGGAACGAAGAAUUGUAGCUCAGCUUCUAACCUGCAUGGAUGAUCUGAAUAACCUGGCAGCUACAGCCCGGGUCCUCGUUGUUGGAGCUACUAACCGGCCAGACUCAUUGGAUCCCGCUUUGAGACGUGCAGGAAGGUUUGACCGAGAGGUCUGCUUGGGAAUCCCGGAUGAGGCAGCCAGAGAAAGAAUUCUCCAAACGUUGUGCCGAAAACUGAGGCUUCCAGAAACUUUUAAUUUUUGUCACUUAGCACACCUAACGCCAGGCUUUGUUGGUGCUGAUCUGAUGGCCCUUUGCCGAGAGGCAGCCAUGUGUGCGGUCAAUAGGGUCUUGAUGAAACAGCAGACGCAGCAGAAGAAAAAGCCUGAGACUGAAGGCUUGCCCUCUGAAGGAGACCAGGAGGACAGGCUGGGAGCUGAGCCCCCUUCUGAAGCUCAGGAUGAAUUGCAAAGGCUGUUGGGGUUGCUAAGAGACCAAGAUCCCCUCUCAGAGGAACAGAUGCAAGGACUGUGCAUUGAAUUAAAUGAUUUCAUUGUUGCUCUGGCAGAAGUCCAGCCUUCUGCCAAAAGGGAAGGCUUUGUAACUGUCCCUAAUGUGACAUGGGCUGAUAUUGGUGCUCUGGAAGAUAUUAGAGACGAGCUUAUAAUGGCAAUAUUGGCACCUGUCCGCAACCCAGACCAGUUCCGAACUCUUGGUUUGGGGUCUCCAGCUGGCAUCCUCCUAGCCGGUCCUCCUGGAUGUGGAAAAACUCUGCUAGCAAAGGCUGUGGCAAAUGAGUCUGGACUAAAUUUUAUAUCUGUCAAAGGCCCUGAAUUAUUGAAUAUGUAUGUUGGUGAGAGUGAACGUGCAGUACGACAGGUUUUUCAGCGAGCCAAGAACUCGGCACCCUGCGUGAUAUUUUUUGAUGAAGUGGAUGCUUUAUGUCCUCGGAGAUCAGACCGAGAAACAGGUGCUAGUGUUCGCGUGGUGAAUCAGCUGCUUACCGAGAUGGAUGGUUUAGAAACACGCCAGCACGUUUUUAUUUUGGCUGCCACUAAUAGACCAGAUAUCAUUGACCCCGCCAUUCUGCGCCCAGGCCGGCUGGACAAAACACUCUUCGUGGGUUUGCCACCUCCAGCAGACCGUGUUGCCAUAUUAAAGACUAUUACAAAAAAUGGCACCAAGCCUCCACUGGAUGAAGAUGUAAAUUUGGAAACAAUUGCUAAUGACCUUCGCUGUAAUUGCUAUACGGGUGCAGACCUUACUGCUUUAGUUCGAGAAGCUUCUCUCUGUGCCCUGAGACAAGAAAUAACAGGACAAAAGAAUGGAAUUGGAACAGGUGAGCUUAAGGUCAGCCAUAAGCACUUUGAAGAAGCUUUCAAGAAAGUGAAACCAUCCGUAUCAAUAAAGGAUCAAAUGAUGUAUGAAGCUCUGCAGAAGUCCCUCAGUCAGUGACAUUUGCGGUACCUGGCAUGGAGGUGUCUAAUGGGUGGAACUCACCACGAAUCACACUUGCUCUGAAGGGUCUACUUUCAGCUUGAUACAGAUGAUCUUAUUGUAAGCAUUUUCUUUUCAAGUUAAUGAGGCCCAAUUGAAGAAAAUGGUUUUCCCAUCUGACCAGCUUUGUGGAGAACCUCCCUACCUCAUUUUUAAGAAAGAGAAAAAAGAACUGAUAAACCUUACUUAAAUAAAAUUUUACUUUGAACUACCUUGA